CAGCUGGAAGGAGUUAGAGCCUGGGGGAAGCCUGGGGCGGGGAGUCCUGCCUGGGUGCAGCCCAGGGCCCGUAAGCAGGGCUGGGGAGGUGAUCGGUGGUCCACAGGGUGGGUGUGGGCGGGGUGCGGGUGCCUGGCCUCCUGCUGGAGGGCUGCAGGUGACGCGGUUCCAGUCAUUCGUCCCGGGGCUCCCCUUCCUGGGGCGGGGCUAUUUAAACCCCACAUGGGGUCAGAGAAAGAAGCUGCUGUGGCUGAGUGACAGCUGGGGUGCAGGAAGGGGCCCCAGCCCCAGCCAGCGGGACCCCUGGCUGCCAUCACAGAGAGAAGGUCCCCAGGGAGAGCCACGCUCCCCCCUCCAGGCCACAGAGAGCUUGCUCCCCAGAUGUUCAGCCCUCCACUGUCAUUUAGUCAGUUUAUUCCUGUCGAGGCUGGGGAGGAACUGACAGCCCUGUGCAGGCACUUGAGUGAGUAUCAUAAAAACCCACGAAGGAGGCAUCUUACAGAGCCCCAGCCCUGGGUGUGUUCCCUGCGAUGGCCACCACUGCUUCCCCUGCACUGGUCACCACCGAGGGUGCUGCUGCUGAGAACAGCACCUCCUACUAUGACUAUGACUACCUGGACUCGGUCUUCCUGGUAUGCAGGAAGGAUGAUGUGCAGUCCUUUCGCCUUGUCUUCCUGCCAGUCUUCUAUAGCUUGAUCUUCGGGCUGGGCCUGGCAGGGAACCUGCUGUUGUUUGCGGUCUUGCUCUGCUGCGUGCCCCGCCGGCGGAUGGCAGAGGUCUACCUGCUGAACCUGACCAUCUCCAACCUCCUCUUUGUGGUGACUUUGCCCUUCUGGACCAUCUCUGUGGUCUGGCACUGGGUCUUCGGCAGUUUCCUGUGCAAGGUGGUGAGCACCCUCUACACCAUCAGCAUCUAUAGCGGCAUCUUCUUCAUCAGCUGCAUGAGCCUGGACAAGUACCUGGAGAUUGUUCACGCUCAGCCCCUGCACAGGCUGAGAACCCAAGCCAAGAUCUGGCUUCUCGUUGUCUUGGUGUGGGCCGUGGCGCUGGCUAUUUCUGUCCCUGAGACGGUCUUCGUGCGGGUACACGAGGACCCUGAGGGAGUAUGGAGCUGCCACCCUGAUUUCGGGGGGCCUGGGGCUAACUGGAAGCUCUUCCUCCGCUUCCAGUUGAACCUGCUAGGUUUCCUCCUUCCCCUCUCGGCCAUGAUCUUUGUCUAUGCCCGUAUUGGCUGCGUCUUGGUCAGGCUGCAGCCCCGGGGCCAGGGCCGGGCGCUGAGGAUGGCAGUGGCCCUGGUGGUGGCCUUCUUCACCUUCUGGUUUCCGUACAAUCUCACCUUGUUCCUGUACUCGCUGCUGGACCUGCAGGUCCUCUGGGACUGCCAGAUCAGCCGGCGCCUGGACUAUGCCAUGCAGGUGACUGAGAGCCUGGCCUUCCUCCACUGCUGCUUCACCCCCAUCCUCUAUGGCUUCUCCAGCCACCGCUUCCGCCAGUACCUGAAGGCUCUGCUGGUCACUGUGCUCCCAGGGCGCCUGGCACCUGGCUUCACCGGGGCCUCGCUGUCCAGGGGAUCCAAGAGCAGCAGUCUCACCACUCAAGAGGACAUGGCUGGCCUGAACGAACUGGCAGAGGGGCAGGCUGGGGCUCCCUGAGCCGGGCGAGCGUGGGGAGUAACUAAGGCCGGGCCAUGCCAGCCUGGCGCAGGAGGAGGAUGCCGCUCUGCUCGCUUGGGCUUCCACCCAGAGCGCCCUCCCUCAGGGCCUGGGCGGCCCAUUCCAGCCCUCCGUGGCUUCUUCCCCUGCACCGGCCUGCAUGGCUGUCGCUGAUGGGGCCAGCAGCCAGAGUGAGAGCGGCACUCUUGGCCCGCCCGCUCUCCUCCCGACGACGACGACGCCAGACAGCCCAGGUCGCCUGGUGAUCCUUCGAGGGCUCCCGGGACGCCUGCCCCCAGCCGGGCCACAUUUCCCUCCUGCCUGCCCUGCUGGGACGCCCUGGGCUCUGCCGCUGUUUCUCGGGUCUGGGCUCAUUCCCAGCAGCGCCUCCGUCCUGGCUGCUGCCCCCGGGGAGAGCACGGUCACUCCCUCUCCUCCUGGCAUUGGCUCAGUUGUGCCCUCCUCCGUGGAUGCCCCGUCCGCCCCACUGAGGCCUGCCUGCUGCCACUGUUGUGUCUCCCCUUCCUCCCUCUGGUCUGCUUCUCCGUAACUCUCAUCUUUUUCUCGCCUCGUGUGUGUCUCCCUCUGUCGCUGUCCCCGGCCCCCAUCCCAGGCAAGCUCCAGGGCUGGGCACCGCACCUGGGGGCUCUCUCUGCCCUGUGCUUGGGUGGAGGCUGGGCAGAGCCCAGGACAGAGCAGCAUGGUGCGGGGUAGGGUUCCCACGUGCCCAGGGAAGCGUCUGGGGCCCGUCCCCAGGGUGGCGCUGGCAGAAGUGGGGCCUGGGAGGCGGUCCUUGGCACGAGGGGCAGACCCUCGGUGGGCACUGUGAGGCUGCAGCCCGUCCCCUUCUUCACGUUUGCUUUCUGGCCUGCGAAGCGAGUGGUUUGCUCCGCCACACGCUGCCCACGCGAGGCUCAGAGCAAUGGGUUUAGGCAGGCGGGGACUGGAACCUCCCCCAAACUGAGCACAAAUAAAGGUUUUUCUGA